AUGCCUAUGCCGGGGUAUCGCUUCGUUCUUCCUGGCCUGGAGGACACUAUCCUUAGUGCUCCUUCUGGCCAACUUGCUGUUUAUCGGCUAGCUUUAGAUGCCGGGUUGCGAUUUCCAUUGCAUCCUUUCAUCAGCCGCCUUCUUCAUUACUAUAACAUAGGCCACAACCAACUUUCCCCAAAUUCUUGGCAGAAUAUUCUAACCUUUCUAGCCGUCUGCGAGCUAAAAGGUGUAGAUCCUUCCCUGGCCGCCUUCUCCCAAAUACACUGCAUUUCUAAGGUUCCCCGGACUAUGGACGGAGCCUGGUUCAGUGUGUGCAAUCGUCAGGGCUUCCUGACGUCUUGGGACAAAACGUCCAAGAUGCACGCCUGGAAGGCCGAAUUUUUGUUCGUCCAGGCGCCUAAUGAAGUCGUUGCUAGAUGGCUCCGGUACUUCAGCCGAGCUACUACCAAUACUGGACGAACAACAUCCUAUUUAGAGCUGGAGAGUACCUCAGCUGAAGAAAUGGAGUACUUCAGAAUAUCAGAGUAUUCCAUCAAUAACACUUCCUUUAAGGGUCCGUCCAAUUGGAUCCCCUUCAAAGAGAUGUUUUACAGUGAUAACUUCCUGGUUGCCGCCGGCUUGCGGCGGGCCGAGUAUAGAGAUUCGGCUAGAGCAAAGCUCAAGAAAUCUUGGACAGGAGAUAUGAGUUCGUCCAAAUUCGCAGACUCCCUCUGGAAGGAGUAUAGCAAAACCGGCUCUAAGAAGAGGACGGAUACCCUGAAAAAUGCCCCAACGUCCAGGGCGUUGGCGGAGAAAGCGGCUUCAAAGAAGAGGCCGGCCACGACCGGGGAAGCCCCCCCUAAAAAAUCCAAAGGCUUCACGGCCAAAAAGAAGAAGUCAUCUCGGCCGGCCUUGCCAAAGGUCGAGAUUCCUCCCAAAGCAGAGGAAGUCCUUCCGUCCUCCGAGGAGAGGGCCCUGGUUUCCUAUGCCGGCCCUGUUGAUUCAACUCUCCCCCUCGCUUCAAGUCAACCGGACGCGGUUGUCACUUUGGACGGGACCGAGGAGGCGAAGAAGUCUUCUACUCAGCCGGAUGCGGCUUUAGAUAGGACGACCUUCUCUGGGCCAGUGGCCAAGUUGGUGUCCCAAAUGCCGGCGGCUUAUAGAUCAGCUUCCCGAUUUUUUGGUGAGUCUAAUUAUUCUAACAGAGUUAGGACUUUGCGCGUCAGCGGGCGACCGAUGAGUUCGUCCAACAAACAAGCCGUAGUCAUACCCGUCCGGAAUAUUGACGAGUUUCCUCUAUCAGAUAAAGGAAAAGGGGUAGCUGAAGCAGCUCCUGAUGGGUCUCCCACACUUUCGGACGAUGAAUCAUCGGCCGCCUUCGCGAGGAUGACUUCGGCCGAUCGUGAGAAGCUUAAGCAGGAGCUUGUCAAAUGUUUCCCUGAGCCUUACAUCAAAGGUUUGAGGGGAGUUUCAUCAGGGCAUGUAGGCUACAUGUCUCAACUUGCUGUUGAGCUCUUUGCUCGCAGCAUGAUUACUGAAGACUGGGCUAGACUGCUUAUGAAGGAAAACAAGUAGCUCGUCCGGGAAGUUACCUUAGCAGUAGACCUGGCUCAGUUUUCUAUGGUCGAGCAGGAAGUGCUGCACCGUCAGUCCAAGGAGGUCUGGGAAAAAUGAUCGGCCGAAAUGGAGGCCUUGAAUCAAACUUACCUACUCCGGCUGACGGUGCUUCUAGACGAGAGGGCUACUCUAGAGCACUCUCUUAAGGACGAGAGAAACUCAACUCUGCUGGUGGCGGCGGAGCUUCGAAGAGAAAACCGCUAUCUUCGAGGCAAAAACCACGCAUUGGCAGAAGAGGCUAAGUUAUCUUUUGAGGCGGCCAAGGGGGCCCUGAGCGAGGUGAUCGACACUUCCAGAUCCUGGGCUGUGAAGGCCUUUGAGAUGCUGGCCGAGGAGGAUGAUAUCCCAGGAUUCGUCCGUCGGCAAGACUUCCAAGAAAGUCUUUACAAGGCCACUGUGGCCGGGGAGGAACUUCCAACCUUUCAGGAGUCUUCGGACGACGAAGAAGGAGAAGAAGAGGCCGACCCUGAAGCUCAAGACGAAGAUAACACUGAUCCUCCAGAGGCUUAGUCUUCCCGUCCCUUAGUCUUGGCCGUAGGCCUUUUGUACUU